GGCGGAGAGAGUGGUGCGUGGCUCAGUCUCGGAAGUUUCGCUCCGGGCAGAUGGAGAGUUGCGCGGCCGGAGAGAUGAGCCUGGAGGCGGUGCUGGAGGAGCGCUACUCGGCCUCGGCGCUGCGUGUCCUGCGGGCGGAGGCGGAGGGGCUGCGGGAGAGGCUGGUCUCGUCGGCGGUGCGGGGCAGGAAGAGGCUCCGGAGGAGGGUGACGGUGGGGCGGAUCCCGCUGGGAGAGUGCCUGAGGCAGCUGGAGCAGACCCGGCGCCAGUGGGAGGCCAAGGCCCGGGGAGAGCCAGAGGGCACUCCGCUGAGUGAGGAGGCCCAGGUGACGCUCCUGAACCUCCUGGAGAAGGGCCUGGCCCUGAUGGAGAGGGUGGAGGCCCUGCAGGAGAGGAAGAGCAGGAGGAGCCCGAGGAGGAGGAGGAGGAGGAAGGAGAAGGGCGGGGAAGGGCAGGAGCAGGACCCUGGAGGAGGGGAGCGCUCUGGAGACAGCGCAGCCAGGGAUGGAGCUGGGACCAGGCACAGCCAAGGAGAAGAAGGGGAGGAAGACCCCGGAGAGGAGGAAGGGCACCAUGGGAGCCACACUCAUGAAGGGGAUGGAGACAGUGCGGGUGAGCCUCAGGAUGGAGACAGCGAUGGAGAGGAAGACAAGGGUGCAGCCAGGGAUGGACCUGGGACCAAAUACAGGAAGGAAAAGGAAGCAGAGGAAGACCCCGGAGAGGAGGAAGGGCACCAUGGGAGCCACACCCAUGAAGGGGAUGGAGACAGUGCGGGUGAGCCUCAGGAUGGAGACGGUGAUGGAGAGGAAGACAAGGGUGCAGCCAGGGAUGGACCUGGGACCAAAUACAGGAAGGAAAAGGAAGUAGAGGAGGAAGGGCACCAUGAGAGAGACAGUGAGGGAGGUGACACUCAUGAAGGGGAGGAAGACAGCGGUGGGAACAAUGAGGGUGAGCAUCAUGAUGGAGACGGUGAUGGAGAGGAAGACAAGGGUGCAUCCAGUGAUGGACCUGGGACCAAACACAGCAAGGGAAAGGAAGCAGAGGAAGACCCUGGAGAAGAGGAAGGGGACCAUGGGAGCAUCAGUGAGGGAGGUGACACUCAUGAAGGGUAUGGAGACAGCAGUGGGAGCAGUGGAGGUGAGGAUCCUGAUGGAGAUGAGGAUCAGGAGGACACUGAGGUCUCCUUCAGUGAUAUAGAGGAAGACAAAAGCGCCAUGUGUGGUUAUCUAUUGAAAAAGUUGGAUAUAGUGGAACAAGAGGUGGACACACUGAAGGACCCCUCGCAGAAGAAGGCGGACACCUUGAGGAAAGAGGCAGAAUUUUUGAGGGAGUGGUACAGGGAUAUCAGUCGAGACAUGAAAAGGGAACUCAAGGACAAGGUGAUGCACUUGUGGAUGGCACUAUGGCUUAACUCAGUGCAGGGCAUGGAUGCCCUUCAGGAAGUCUUGAACCAAUUCUCAGCAGCGGAGGCGGCUGCAUUGAAAGCAGAGUCUGACUCCUUGAAGGGUUUCCUGCAGGCUGCCCAGAAGGAAGAAACAUUGGCAGAGCUGUCCAACUUCUAUUGCUCACUGGAUGUUCUGCAGGAGUCCCCUCUGCUGAAGAUGGACCCUACAUAUGGUGACCUCCUGAAGGAGGGGGAUGCUAUAAAGGACACCUGGUGCUCUGCGCUGCUGCGUGUCCUGCUGAAGGAGGGUCAGGAGAAGACAACUGCCCUGCAUGAGAAGGUGGACACUGUGCAGGGUAUCUCUCUGGAGCAGAAAGGUGAACUGAGGGCAAAGAUGGACGCUCUCCAGAAACAGAUGGGUCUCCUCUGGGAAGUCCCCCUGAAGGAGAUAACGGCCAUGUUGGCAAUGGCAUAUAAGCUGUCCUGUAAACUGAGCUCAGGUCUCACAAAAGAAGAGCACACCAUCUGGAAGAAAGCAUGUGGUCUCGCAGUUACCCCAAUGGUUAACCUGAAGGACGUCUUUCUGUGGAAGAAAGUGUCUGACUUGCAGGCCACCCUUCAUGAUAUCCCUGUGGAGAAACUGAUGAUGCUGGAAAAGAAAGUGAAGUUGUGUAUAAGGAAGGUAAAUGUGUUGCAGGAGAAAAUAUGGGAGCCCUUGAAGGAAGAGCUGGAAAUCCUGAAGGAGAAAUUCGAUUCCCUGAAGGAUUCCUCACAGAAGGAGCCUGGCGAGCUCCAAGAAGAGCUGUAUGAAUUACAAAACAACCUGGUUGAACUGAUGGCAUUUGAAACUUAUCCACUAAAGGAAGCAGUGAAAGCCCUGAAAAAGAGGGUGAAUGCCCUGCAGAAGAAGAUGAACGUCCCCCAGAAGGCAGGUGCCCCCCUUGAAGAAGGUGAUGAAGCCAUGCAAGGGGACAAAACAGGAUUCUCGGAGAUGUUGAAUGCUCAAGAUGCAGGCUGUGCUCCCCAUUCUGCAGCUCAGAAGAGACCUCCUUGUGAACUUCAGGUGACAGAUGAUUCAAGCAAAGCUCUUCAAGAGGCAACGUGUGUGGAGGGUUCUGGGGAGAGUCUCGCUGGCUGUGAACCGGCUCUGACGGAAGGAGCAGGUUCAGAACCUCCCCGUAAAAAACAGAGGAUGAAUCCCACCGGUGGGACCCAAGAGCCUUCUUUGACCCAGGAACUGUUUGCUGUUCUCCAAAAGCACAUUUCCCUUACUAUAAACCAAAGUAUGGAGAAACUGAGCAACAUGGUGAGCAAAUUGCAUGGCACUGCCUUAAAGGAUACAGAAGAAGCAAAAGCCCUGAUGGCUGCUUUGGAAAAAGCUCUGGCACUUUUGAGGUUACUCCUUGAGAAUGCCUGAUAUGAAUCUGGGGUGAAUAAUAAUAAUAAUAAUAAUAAUAAUGUAGAGUCUCGCUUAUCCAACCUUCACUUAUCCAACAUUUUGUAUUAUCCCACACAG